AUGUUUCGCCUCCUGUGCCGACGCUCCGCCGCGAAUGUAAAAAUGCAAGACGCCAGUCUCCGCACCAUGACAAAAGUGGAUUUCUCGGACCCAUCCAUAUUUCGUCAGAAAUCUCUGUGGUGGUUGUUGCGCGCACUCUUUGUGCUCCGCAUUUGCAAGUUUGAAUUCAUUUCCAACAAUUCUGUGGCUCUUAUGAAGCGUGCUGAGGCAAUUUUUGGACCCUUUUUGACCUAUAACACACUUGUGAAGGGGACAGUGUACGGCCACUUUUGUGCUGGCGAGUCCGAUCGUGAAGUCAAGAACACCGUCAAAUCGCUUGAAAAUUUGGGUAUUGGAUCUGUUCUUGACUAUGCCGCUGAAGCUGAAGCUGAGGGUUUCGCACCCUCCCCAGGUAUUGCAGAAGCGCCGAACUUGUCUAUGGCAAGUCUUGUCAACAACACAUCCGUUACCUAUCUGCCUCACAAGCAAGCCUUUGACGAAAACAUGAAACUAUACGUAAUGUGUGUUUUACAUGCCGCACUACAUAAACCGGAGGGUGGCGUUGGAUUGGCUGCUGUUAAGGUGACAGGCAUGUGUGAUCCACAGCUUCUCGCCCGCGUCUCGGCAAUCCUGCACUCCGUUCACCGUGACUGGAUAGAAUACUUUACGGAGGAGCAACCACCACCAGUGGAGGAGUGUAAUGUUGUGAUGGGAACAAAAACGGAGCACAAGCGAUAUAUUACGCGUGACCAAGUGCGGAAGGGACUCACAAAAUUGGCCUCUUCGCAAAAAUACACAGAAGAUGAGAUCAAUGCCGUCUUACAAGUUCUCGAUCCAAAUAAUGAAGGAAAAACAAACUACUACAAGUUUAAAACGGUUGUGUCUGAGGCCGUACUUGCACUGGAUCCCACACCAGUGCAGAAGAUAAUUAUCGACAAACUUCCAAAACUUACUACAGAGGAGCGCGAACUAUGGCGCCAUUUGCACUGGAGGUUGUCAGUCAUUGUUCGGACUGCGAAGGACUUGCGGGUGCGAGUUUUGUUUGACGCCGAGCAAACGUUUUAUCAACUUGCCAUUGAUAAUAUUGUGUUGCAGUUUCAGCGCCAGUUCAAUAAAAAGGAGGCUAUAGUUUAUAACACAUAUCAAUGCUAUUUGACUUACACCGAAGACCGUGUUUUCAAUGACUUAACCCGAGCAGAGCUCGAGGGGUGGGUUUGGGGAGGGAAAAUUGUUCGAGGUGCCUACAUGAGGCAGGAGAGGGAGACAGCAGAAAAAUACCAUUACAAAAGCCCCAUUUGGCCAACGUACGAGGAAACUAACGCGUGCUACAAAGCUGUGGCUGAGCGAAUACUAAGAGAGAUAGCCCGGUUACCUGAAACACGUUUUGAGGCCCUGUUCGGAACUCACAAUCAAAAAUCACUUGAAGAAAUAACUGAGGCUGUUCUUCAACUUCCUCCUGUUAAAGGUUAUGUGGCAUUUGCCCAAUUGUAUGGCAUGUCGGACAACUUGACAAUUCCGCUUAAGAGAGCCGGUUUUCCAGUUUUUAAAUAUGUUCCGUACGGACCUGUCAAAGAGACUGUUCACUACCUGGGAAGGCGUGCUAUGGAGAAUGCGUCAAUUUUAUCGAAUGGGGGUAGCCGGGAAGUGCGGUUGAUGAGGAAAGAGCUUAGGCGUCGCGUCUUUUGGAUGUGA